GCACCUGAGGAGAGCACGUCACUGUACACGCCUCUUCCGGCACGUGCACAGCCCUCCUCUUCUCGCCCGUCAAUCAGGUACUGUUUUCUGAGAAGUACCGCCAUGCUGUGAUUCUGCCUUCCCCGGACUUGAAUGUGGGCCUAUUAUUCCUGGAAUAAUACUUGCAACAUUUCUUUCUUCAAAUGUGAUAAGUUGCUCUGAAGGACAAGAGAUCUGAAUGAAAAAAGAUGGCAUCAGUCGAGACGAAACCAAAAAAGCGUAGAAGCAGUGUUGACGAACCUCCGAACGUGAGUACUGAGGACAAAUCUUUGAGGAUUAUUACAUUUGGGAACUCUGAGGAUUAUCAGUUCUCUCUCACAAAGUUGAUUCUGAAGAAUGCAUUUUUUGACAGCGAUGAUCCUAAUGCUACUCUAACUACAAAAAAUUCAGAAAGCAUAUCAGGACGAAAUGUUACUGUGGUCAACACCCCAAAUCUUAAGAACCAUGACUUAAUGCAUUUCACAUUUAAAAAAGAGCUAAAGAAGUCUGUUUGUUUUUCCUGUCCUGGGCCACAUGUUGUACUUUUUACUCUAGGCCCCUCAGACAUGAAAUCGGAUGCAUACAACAUUUUCAAACCUGUGGUGCAGUACUUUGGAGAAAAAAUCUUAAACCACACAGUGGUUGUUUUAUACCAUGAACUACAGGGAGAUAACUACAGGGAGCUUAUCGAGAAGUGUCAUCAAAGAUACCUGAUUGUCAAUGAAAACACUGACAUAGCUGAGAUGACUAACAAACUAUUUGACAUUAUUGACCAGAUAAUUGUAAAUCACGGGGUUUUCUCCAAUGUGGAGUUUAAAGAAGCAGACAACAGAAUUGAAAAAGAGAUGAAAAUCCUAGAAAAGGCAAGAGAAAAAGAGGUCAGGAGAAUGUUGGAGGAACUAAAGAAACAGGGGGAAGAUGCAGUGAAACGUUAUAAGGAAGAGGAAUGGUUAAAGACCAGGAAGAGGGCAGAAGUGCUAGUUGCAGACAGAAUUGGCUUUACUCACAGACUUGUUGAUUAUGCAGCAGCAAUAGGUAAAGGAGCAGCUGCAGGUGCAUUGUUUGGUUUGGCAAUGGGGAUUCAGGCUAUGGAGGUAGGAGCAGUUGUUGGUGCAGGUCUUGGUGCUCUACUUGGAGGUGCAGCUGGAGCAGCUUGGAAUGUCCUUGUUAACACUUUUACUGGUGUCCAUAGAGAUAGUUAAAAAUAAUCAUACUUGGUUGUGUUUAAAUACACAUUUUCUUUAGGAGUACAAGGCCUUUUUUAUUUUAAAAGUCACAUGAUCAGCCUGCACCCACAUUUGACUGACGCAAAAAUCAAGACCAAUCACUGGGAAGGAAUACUCAUGUUUCACUUUACCACUGUGUGAUACAUAUUAUGUAUAUUAUUGUAAAAUUGUUAAAAACCCACUUUUGCUUUAUGGGCUCUAAUUUAUAGCAAAAGACAGACACGUUUACAAAAAUAAUUGCACUAUUUAAAACAUAAAAUAAGGAACAAAACUACAGCACACUAUUCUCAUGCUUUUAGAGGUGUACAGAUAGCAGGAUGUGUGUACAGGUAAAAAGAUUUAAAAGGUAGAUAAAGUGACAACAAUGUCACAUAUAGAACAAUAAUAUAUGCAAUAAUAUAUAGCUUAUUUUAUGUAAGAUUUACAAACAUCAGCAAUUUUAAUAGUUUUUUAUUAACCUACAUUUUUGUAAAAUGUAUUGAUUAAAAAAAUCUGUAAUGAUUUUUUUACACUAUAUGGACAAAACUAUUGGUACAUGCCUUCUAAUUACCAAAUUCAGAAAUCAUAUGGUUCCAACUUUGAAGCAGCAGUUUAGGGAAUGGCGCUUUCUUGUUCUGGCAUUACUGUGCCUUUGUGCACAAAGCAAGGUCUGUAAAUACAAGAGGAAAACCUCCAGUGGCUCUUUUGACGGAAUGGGCACAAAUUCUCAUAGACAUACCUCAAAGUCUUGUGAGAAACCUUGUCUGAAGAGUGGCUGAUGUUAUAACUAAAAAUAUCACAUAGAGGUCACUCUACUCUAUGUUUUUGAUAUUUGAUGUCUAACAAACUCAUGGCCAGUAGUCUGAAUACUUUUGGUCAUAUAGUGUAUGUGUUCUAUUUCAUUUUUUGUUUACAUUUUUAAUCAUGCCAUAUUCUUGGCAUGUUGAAGUAUUUGUGACAUAUCGUCCAGACAUGCUGAAUGGUCUUAUGCUGAAAUGAAAUUGUGUCUUACAAAUAGAUUUUUGUAAAUGAAAACAUUCUGAUUGUAAAAGUAUUUUAAAUUGCAAUGUAGCUGAGAAUUAAUAAAAUCUACAUUUUGCACCUAC